GUAAGCGGUGUGGCCCCGCCCCUCCAUCUUCAUCCUCCUCCUGGACUCUUCUGUUUUAUGCACCCGUCCACCCUCUCAAAUCGGGAACACUUAUUUAUUGAACGAUAAACGCAACUCUAUGCUGGGGAUAGAGAGACCAAAAUGAACUUCUAUUAGUUUCUGGCGGGGAAGCAAGGAAGCCACUCAUUUUGAGGCAGAAUGCCCUAGUGGAAAAGAACAUUGGAGUUGGUGCCAGAAAGCCUGGGUUCGAGUUCAGGACUACAUCGGGAGUAUUGGAAAUCUGGGCAUUACAGGACCAUAGGAUGAUGCAUCUAAAGCUAGAAAAGACCUGCGAGGCUAUUCUAGUCCAUCCAUCUCCACUGAGGCCCAGGGAAGUGAAGUGACUUGUUUCCCAACAUCAGAGGGUGAAGACAUCAGAUCAGAGACAUUGUUCGAUUUGCCCAGGGUCACACAGCUACUGUCUGCCAGCUUCAUUUUGUGCCUGUCGUGCCACCUGAACAGAGAAGGCUGCUCUGCUAGGAGUAGAUUUUCUUUUGGCUUUAGUUUCCUCUGCUCCCUUCUGGAUUAUGGAGUCUGAGGUGGAAACAAAGACAGAUGGGGAGACUGCAUCAGACAGCGAAAGCCGAGCUGAACCUGCACCAGUACCCACCUCUGAUGAUACUCCUGAGGUUUUCAACCGAGCACUGUCAAAUUUGUCCUCAAGAUGGAAAAACUGGUGGGUGAGAGGUAUCCUGACUUUGGCUAUGAUUGCCUUUUUCUUCAUCAUCAUCUAUUUGGGACCUAUGGUUUUAAUGAUGAUCGUAAUGUGUGUUCAGAUUAAAUGUUUCCAUGAGAUCAUUACGAUUGGCUAUAAUGUGUAUCACUCAUAUGACUUACCUUGGUUCAGGACUCUCAGUUGGUACUUUCUACUGUGUGUGAAUUAUUUUUUCUAUGGUGAAACAGUGACUGAUUACUUCUUCACUCUGGUCCAGAGAGAGGAACCUUUGAGGAUUCUCAGUAAAUAUCAUCGUUUCAUUUCCUUUGCUCUUUACCUAACAGGGUUCUGCAUGUUUGUAUUGAGUCUUGUUAAGAAGCAUUACCGACUCCAGUUCUAUAUGUUUGGUUGGACUCAUGUGACUCUGCUUAUUGUUGUGACCCAAUCUCAUCUAAUUAUCCACAACUUGUUUGAAGGGAUGAUCUGGUUUAUUGUCCCCAUUUCAUGUGUGAUCUGUAAUGACAUCAUGGCUUAUAUGUUUGGCUUUUUCUUUGGUCGAACCCCACUCAUCAAGCUUUCUCCAAAGAAAACAUGGGAAGGUUUCAUUGGAGGAUUCUUCGCCACUGUGGUGUUUGGGCUUCUGCUCUCCUAUUUAAUGUCUGGAUACAGAUGCUUCAUUUGUCCUGUGGAGUUCAACAAUGACACCAACAGCUUCACUGUGGAUUGUGAACCCUCAGAUCUCUUCAGACUUCAAGAAUACAACAUCCCUUUGGUGAUCCAGUCCAUCAUUGGCUGGAAAACAGUCCGAAUGUAUCCCUUUCAGAUCCACAGCAUUGCCCUUUCUACCUUUGCCUCCCUCAUUGGCCCCUUUGGAGGUUUUUUUGCAAGUGGAUUCAAACGGGCCUUUAAAAUCAAGGAUUUUGCCAAUACCAUUCCUGGCCAUGGAGGUAUCAUGGACCGCUUCGACUGCCAGUACCUGAUGGCUACCUUUGUUAAUGUGUACAUUGCCAGUUUUAUCAGGGGACCUAAUCCAAGUAAGCUGAUUCAGCAGUUUUUGACUUUGCGUCCAGAUCAGCAGCUUCACAUCUUCAGCACGUUAAAGGCUCACCUUAUUGACAAGGGGAUGUUGACUGCCAGCACUGAAGACCAGGAGGCAACCUAAAAAGAGGACAGUAGGAUCAGAACUGAGCUCUAGGGCAAGUCUUCAACUCAGUCCCAGCUUGUAUGCCGUCAAGACCAUUAUAAGACCUCAUUUCACUGUUUUCUUUUUUUUUUUUUUUGUAGAAUUUUUUUUGUGCUAUGGGUUUUAAAGAACAAAUACCUAUCUAUAUAUACAUACAUAUACUCCAUAUGUGUGUUUAUAUGAUGUAACUAAGUGUGUAAAUCAGAGCUUUGAGUUGGAAAAAAAUCACAGGAGUUAAACCUAUAUGGGUUUAAGCAAAAUAAAAUACAGAAUCCUUAAGAUUGGGGCCAUCUGUUCCAAGAUUUGUACUGUUGGAUCCAGGGCCUUUAAAUUUAACAGAGAGCAGAGCCAUCAUCAAAUAUGGGCUGAUGGCCGGACCGGAGAGUAAAUUUCACCCACUUCUGCAGCUUUUCUAGAUAGUCUAAAACUCAUGCACAGCCCGAAUUACUUUGCAGUCACAGAAAGCUUUCACCACAAACCAUUUUCAAGUUCCAGCAUCAGUUCUGGAAUGAAAGCAUAGUUGUCUUCUGAUAUGAAAGGAAAACAUGAUGUCUGAUAAAGGUUUAUUUAUUGAAAAAAAUAUUAAUGAGAUGACAUUUCAUUUAAGAAAUCCCACUUUGAGUGAGCAUUAUCAUUAUUUGAUUUUCACUUUUGCUCCAGUGCACUUUAGAAGAUGUCUUUCAGUUUUAAUUAAAAGCAAACAAGAAACCAUGGAGCAUGAAAAUUGAUUUAAAAAUAAAGUCUGGAUGGGGAGAAUGCCCACACAGUAGUGUUUCACCUGUCAACAAGAAAGCAUACCUAGCCCAAAUAUACAGAGUCUCUUACAUUAUUAGAUAUAGGCCCUAACUAGAAUAGCAUAGCUCAUUCUGUCACUCUUCAGGGAUUAAUUAUGUCACUCAUGUCUGUCUGCUGUAUUUAAGCUGGAGACUUGAUGCUGCUGAAUCAUUUCUGUUGAUUUUGUGUUUUUCUUUGAGCAAAGAAUAGGGAGGGAUUGGCUUCUAGCCUAUGGGCUCUUUGCUUUUAUCUUUUACUCAGUUGACUUAAAUUGUACUUGUUGAAUUGUUGGUGUCUGUGUAAAUAUUCACCAAUAUGUUAACUAUUAUGUGUCUCAUCUAAAUGGAACCCUCCUGCAAACCCAACCCAGUCUAAGUCCUUGAGAACCUUUGUACAAUUCUGAAUACUUUGGUAGUUAAAUCCAUAAUCAGUCUCUGACAUUAUUAAUGACAGCCUACUUUGUCUUUGCCCAGAGGUCUUAAAAAAGAAAAAAAAGUUGUAACAUUUUUUUCUUCUUGAGUACAGGAUGAAAUUGACAGAAGAGACAAGCUUGUAUCUCUAAGCCUGGAGAUACAUCGAGGCAACCAAAGGUGAUUCUGGAGAGAGAGAUUUUGGUAGUCUGAUGGAGGAGGUUCAGAUCACACUGUGUCAGUGCGGUCCACUUGCUCUGUUGAAAAUGGAGAUGUGUAAUCUAAUGUGUUUUUAAUUUCUUUGGCACCUUGGUCUGUUUAGCUGUGUCUUUUACUAGCCUUGUUACCUUUCUGUAGUCAUUAGGCCAAACCACUGGGGCCUUGGCACAGGCCAAAUAUCUUACUGAGGACAAGUUGGGUAUUAGCUGGGAGAAGCAAAGCUGAGGUACAUCUUUACGUGUGUGGAAUAAAAAUAAAUUCUGUGUGUGUGUGUGUGUGUGACAGAGAGAGAGAGAGAAUAUGAAUGAAUAAACAAGAACACAUCAGUAUUUUCUUUUUUCUUUAGUGCCAAGACCUCCUUAUGAGGUAUUAUGCUACAGUGCAAGGGGUUUUGGAGUUUGAAGAUCUGUGUUUUAGUUUUCAUUUGCUAGUGUUCUAAUUUGUAGAAAAUAAUUUAUUUUGCCUGAGACUUGGUUUUUUUUUUUUAAUCUAUAAAAUGAGAGGUUUGAAAUAGGUGAUCUCUAAAGUUCCUUCUAUUGCUUUGAAAUGCUCUGAUUCUGGUUGGGCAGAGAUAAAAUACAAAAGGUUACUUUUGUUAUCGAGUUAUUUUCUGGCAUCCCAAAAUAAACUUAUUCAGAGCCUAAAUCUCUAAGAGGAAAAUCAACAAUGGAUUCUUGGCUUUGACAUUGGAAUGAUGUUAAGUAUAUAUCUAGUCUGAGAAUCAGACUUAUUAAUUCAUUCUGGAUUUGGUAUAUUGGUUGGCAUUCUUUCAAUGGUAGAACCUUAUUUACAAUUCAAAGAAGGAAACUGGAAUGCUAUCCCUAGGAAUACUGUGUUAAAAGAAUCUUGAUAAGAAAAGAGAAUCUGACAACUCAGGUGAUACUGGCACAAUUGAGUUUUUCCUUUUUUCAGUAAAAUCUCAGUGUAGCCUGGACAAGGAGGACAUUUUGACUGUACUUGGGAUCAUUGUAGGGCUUGGUAUGGUGUCACCUCUUAGGUGAAAAGUAAGGUCAUGGCAUAGUUUUUGAGGAUGGCAAAAUCAUAAGUAAUAAACUUCUGACUGAAAUGACACUUCUAGAUUUUCUGUAGAGACAUUGUUUUUUCCUUCUGCUUUUAUCCCUUCUGUCAGAGUUGCUGGCAAGUAACUUGGUUUGAAUUGAUUUGAACUUCAUAUUUUGUCUUCAAAAGAUAUGUGAUUUCAGUAGUGUGAGUGUUCAUCCACUAUAGAUCUCAACCCAUAGAAGAUAAAUAUUUUCAAGCCAAGUCAACUUGUAAAGCACCUCACCUCUUGACAAGUCUCUGAUGGAGGCUCCUUUAACUUAUCUAGUCUUGAACUUAAAUGGUUUGGGAAUGAUUGCUAUACAAGUUUAUGGUUUAAAUCUUUAUUCAAAGAUUUUUCAGCUUUAUGAGGACUCUUGUCAGAGUUUAUAAUACAUUGGCAAUAGUGCCUGAGAGCCCAAAAUUAUUCCCAUACCUCAAUGUAUUUGUUGAAUUUAGGGUCAGAUAGAAGGAGGCUGCUGACCUCCUGUAGAAAUUCACCUCCUUAACCCCUUAGAAGUACCAUUAUUAAACACAGCUAUCCUUCUCGCUUCAGGUGUCUCUUAUUACAUGUGCCCACCAUAGUCUCAUAGAAGGAAACUGCAAACAGACAAUGUCGAAGGAGGCAUAUGAUUAGGAAUAGUGAUCCGAUGAUUACACGUAAGCCGUGGAAGCCAGUUGCUACAAAGAAAGUUGAGCCAUAAAUGCCAUCAGAAAUAGUGAACGCUGCUUCAUACCUGAAGGACACGAUCUGUCCAUCUGAAAACAAAUUUAAAUCUAAAAUUGGCCACAGUAUGAUGAGCUUUAAAUCAUAGUAUUCCAGGAAGACCUUUUAUUAUGGUGAGAUGAGGUAGUAAUUUGCAUCAUUUGAGGAAGUAUCCACACCAAAGGAGUAUAUAUUUUUCCCCCUUUUCAUUGGUUUCCACCUACUUUUUUUCACUUUUUUGCCCUUCAGACAGUAAUUGACUUUAGUUGAGUAAGAAAAAAAAAUAACCCACUAACUGUGAAAGUAUCUAAAAUGUAAAAAACUCAUGAAACUAUGAAGUAGUUAGCUUAUUAGAUGGCUAGAGAAUCAUGGAUCGAGGCCAGACACCCUCCCUAGUCAUAGCUUUUGUUUACAAUAGGCAAGAAGUUGUAGAAGAUCCUAUCCAAACCCAUCAUCACUGCUUCAAAACCAAAUGAUUUUGCCCUGUUGAGGGUAUAAAGAUAAUAUUAUCUUGUAAUGAUAAUUACACAUUUUUACAACACUUUUAGGUUUACAAAGUACUUUGCUCAUAUUAAUCUCAUAGAGUGAGUAAAACAAGUAUUAUUAUCCUUACUUUACAUAUGAGAAGAUUAAAGUGGGUACAAAAAGUAAAAAAAGAAAAAGGAGUAGGCUUCUGUGGGUUAGGAAAGAGCUCUUUGAAAUAUUGAGGUUGAAUAAAGAAAGAUGCUCUGGCCUUUCUAAAAACUGUUUGCUGGGGUCAGUAUUUCAGUUUCUGCUUUUGGCAGGACUUUCCUAAUUGCGAAUCUAGAACUCUCUCCACUAUAGAGAAAAUUAAUGUGGAAAGUGGAUUUCUUGACCUUGAAUGAGUAAUUCUUCAGCCUCCUUUUUUGACAAAUUAUACUGGAUUGUCUUUUUUUUAAUUCAUCUUUUUGAUUCUUUAUCCAUUCUUUUUAACACCAUCCUCUUUCACUAUUAAUAGCAACUAAAACAUUUUAAAACUUCUUUUGGAGGAGGAAAUCUCUGUUAAUUUGUCUGUUUUUAAGAAUAUUAUUAGAUAAAAGAACAAGUACUGAGGAGUUAAGAGAAGAAAGUUAAUUGUUUUUUGUACUUCUUAUUCAAAUUCAGAUUCAGAUUUCAUCACAGUGUAACAGUGGUAUUUGAAGAUAAAGGUCUGGAAGUAUACUAUCGGAGAGAUCCUAUUAUACAAAUGUUGCCAUCAAGAUAGGGAGCAUUGUGUUAUAAAAGAACCUUGGAGUAGGAAUUGGGAAACCUGACUUUAGUAUUGACUUUUACCACAUAGUAGUCAUAUAAUCCCUUUAAAAAUCCCCUUCAAAACCUUGGUUUUGUUGACAUGAGAAGCUUGUAUUAAUUGAUUUCUGAGGUUCCAUCCAAUUUACUAUUUUACAUUCUGAUUCCUACUAGUGCUAAUAUUCUGUGAUUUCCUAUAACUAGAACAGUACAAAACUUAGAAAAAUUAAUCCUUUUUUCCCUAGGUGGCCUUUUAUAAAGGAAACCAGGGUACAUGCAGUUUAGGGAAAACAGUCUGUUUCAGGGUCCAAGAAUUAUGUUCCAUUUGCAGUUAUGGAUUGCAGCAUGAAUUAGUUGUUUCUUUCUUUCCUCUCUCUAAUUUGUCAUAAGAUGAAGACUCAAACCCUCAAAUUUGUGAUUCUCCUGGUUAUGGUUUUUUUCCUUCCAAUAGCUCAGUUGGGAAAAGUAAGUUGAAAAAGUAUAUGUUGAAUUGUUGCAAAUUUUUUUUCUUUUCUUCCCCCCGCCCCCUAAAGUUGGUUUGAUCGCUGGUCUUGAGAGAUAAUUUGAAGUUGUUGAUAUGAACUGAGUGAUAAUGCCUUUGCUCAAUUCUCAAGCUGAAGGUAUUAUUGUCAUAAUCUUUGUAGAACAUCUGGUGAUGAUAGGAAACAUAUCAGGCAUAAAUAUAGCACAGGAUAACUUGUAGUAGUGCUGGUGGCUAUAGUUCUCCCUGAGAGUACAACGACACUCCAUUAAUUAAUUAGUCGUUGACUGUCUAGAGUGGAGGCAGAUUCUCUCUGGCCAAGAAUGGCUUCUUCAGCAUUUGUUUUAUUUAUUGGUUUCAGUAGCCAAACCACUUCUUAUUCCUCAUCGAACAUGGCAACUUAUUGGCUUGUAUCUUUGCUCGUUGCUGGUGUGGCAGAUCUUCAGGUUCAGUGGCAGGGUCAAAGGAGUUGACUAAGUGUUACCAAUUCAUUAGCUUAGGUGUCUGAGUCAAGAAGACCAGAAUGUAUGUUCUGCAGGCAAAAAUUAAACACAUUGAAAUUUAUAUUAAUAGUAUGAUGACUUUGUUCCUCAGACAAUUUGAUUAUAAUUCUUUGAGUUAAUGUUUUUUUCAAAAACUGAGAGGGUGUUAAGUGCAGAUACAAAGAACUUGGUCAGUUGUAGGAACCCAGCAACAGUUUUGUGGCCUAUGGUUACCCUCAAGGGUACUUAGCUAUCCUCUUUGGAAGCUAAAGCUCCUCUUUUGGUGAAACGAGAGGAAGCUUAACUGUUUUUUUCAGUUUCAAGCUAGUCACUAUCUAGUAUGGUGUUGUUGGCCACGUUCUUCAAGGUUUCUUGACUAGAAAAGAUCUUUUGACUUUACCUCCUAUAGAUUCUACCUGCUAGUUAAUGCAGUAGUAGUUUCUUGUUUCUAGAAAUUUGGGAUUUAAUAAUUCUUUUCAAAAUUUUAUGUUUCAAAGCAAGGAUCUGGGCUAGUGAUUAUGCUGCCACCGCCUCUAACUUCUUCUUUGUGCAGCUGUUAUAUUCAUUCAUGAGAUCUUGAUUCAUCGACUUCGAGGUUUGGCAGUUGUAUUUUCAUCCCCUCUCCUAAUGUACAUUGUUAUCUCUUUAUACCUUCCUGAGUUGCCAGAGCUGGAAAAAAAAGAUCAAUUGUUUACCACAGGAUGUUUGCAACUUUACAAAGUUGGUUAGAUUUUGCUAUUCUGAUAUGAGACAGUCUAUUAGUCAAUCCCUAUUGGAAGCCUUUCUAGCUCAGUACAUAGCUUGCCAAAGGUCUUGCUCUGCUGAUAGAGCCUAGGAGAACUCAGCAUCCCCUCUACAUUGGGGCACCCUCUACGCUCAUCUAAGAACCUUUUCUUCAUGUUUUAGUUACAACUAGAGGAGAAGGUCCAUUUCUGUGUAGUAAACACUAUAUAUUUAUGUUAAAGGGACAGAAGAAUAAUGCCAGAGAAUUAUGUUUCUCUCUCCACAUUGGGGUUCAUGAGAAAAUAAAUGCCCAUCCAUCUUAACAGUUUUGAUAAACUCACAAAUGUAUUGAAUAAGAUGUGGAUCCUGAGAUCACCUUAGGAUGAGGCAACAGAUGUGGUAUAAAUACACACAUAACCAAUAUGAGACUGUGGAGAAAUUUAUCCAGUAAAAUUGAGCUAAUGGGGUAUCUUGAAGUUUAGAUUGAAUUAUUUAGCUUUCUGUUUCUCUUCAACUGUGAAAUUUUUUAAGGUAUUAUAUUUGAAAUCAAGAGAAAUCUGGAGGCAGUGAAGUACAGGAAUGAAAAGAAUAGACUUCAGGAUAAGAUGCCCUUCACAUCUGAUUGGUGAACUCUAGGAAAUUCACUUCCUCUCUCAGUGCCCCAAACAGCUCAGUAAAUUGCACAGUAAGUGUCGAUUCCUAUUAGUAGAAGAGGGAGUUUUCUUAUCCUGGCUAGGCCUGGCCCUGCCUGCUGUUAUAGCACAGGUGGACAUGUGUGUGUGUAAU